AUGGCGAACACGAUAGAUACAGCCAAGCUGGCAUUGAUCUCCCAGGGUGCGGCCUAUGGCCUACUCAUUGGUCUGAGCGUUGUGUUUUGCGGCGUUAUUUUGGUCGCUGUCAAGGUGCAGAAAGCUUAUCUUGCCGAAGACUCGGGCAAGUCUGAGAUGUUCAUGGUCGCAAAUCGAAGUGUUGGUCGUGGACUUACAGCGAGUGCGGUAUUUUCUUCUUGGAUGUGGAUCAAUGAGACGGUGCUGUGCGCCAGUAUGUGUUACAGGUACGGCCUAGCUGUGCCUUUGUGGUGGGGAUCUGGCCUGUGCUUCCAGAUUGCUUUGAUGGCAGCACUUGGGGUUAUGGCCAAGAUUCGUGUUCCUUAUGCGCAUACCUCUCUUGAAGUGGUGCGCAUGCGGUAUGGAAAGAUCGGCCAUGUAAUCUUUAUCCUGCUGAAUCUUGUGAACAACGUUUUCGGCUGUGCAUCUAUGAUUAUGACCGGGUCUCAACUUAUUCAUGGUGUUUCUAACAUGCACUAUGUUGCAGCAACUAUCUUGAUUCCACUCGGAGUGGUUCUAUAUACAGCAGUCGGUGGUCUGAAGGCCACCUUCUUGACUGACUUUUUGCACACGGCUAUCGCUCUCAUUCUGAUUAUCUACUUCACCAUUUCUGUUCUGACAAACUCACAUGUCGGUGGAUUGGGUGGUCUAUAUGAUAAGGUUGUUGCGACAGCGGCAGACAACUAUAUCCCCGAAAAUUAUGAAGGUUCCCUUCUCACUUUCAAGUCAAAGGGUGCAAUUAUCUGGGGUUUGAUCCUCAAGUUUGGCAACUUGGCACUCGUCGUCAUGGAUACCGCUUUCUGGCAAAAGUCCUUUGCAACCGAGGUGCGCGCCACAGUACCAGGCUACAACAUCGCCGCAUUGGCCGUGUUCGGAAUUCCCUGGGGUCUGGGAACCGUCAUCGGAUUGACAGCGCGCGCAAUCCACCAGACUCCUAUCUUCCCAACCUAUCCUGGAACGCUCACUGCAACUGAGGUCAGCUCGGGUAUGGUAAUGCCAUACGUGAUCAAGGCGCUCAUUGGAGACAAGGGAAUAAUCGGCUUCUUCUUCCUACUUUUCAUGGCACUGACUUCGACCAUCUCCUCGUCAAUGAUUGCCGUCAGCAGUAUCCUUUCUUACGACAUUUACAAGACCUAUCUCAACCCAAAGGUCACCGACAGGCAGCUUGUGCGGGUCAGUCAUAUCACUGUUGUUAUCCACGGUGUCUUCAUCACGGGAAUUUCGAUCGCUCUUAACUACGGCGGAGCAAACAUGACAUGGAUUGGCUAUCUCAGACCUAUUAUCUCAUGUCCUGGAAUCAUGCCUAUGAUUUUUACCUUGUUCUGGUCUCGCCAAACUCGACUAGCAGCAAUUGUUUCUCCCGUACUUGGCUUUUUCACGGGUCUUGCUGUUUGGUUGGCCUCGACCAAGUCGAUGUAUGGCCAUAUCAACAUCACGACAACCACAAACAACUACCCAGCGCUCUAUGCUGCGAUUGCAUCUUUCUUCUCGCCUGCCCUCUACUCCGUCAUUCUAUCGCUCUACAAACCAUACCGAUUUGACUGGAGAGAGUUCUUGCGCAUUGAGCUCGCAGAUGAAGCACACAUCCACCCACCAUCGGACACAUCCACAUUGAAUGAGAGUGGCGAGGAAGACAACCCACAAGGGCCUAAACUUGCAGCUGGAUCGGUGAAACCAGUUUCGGCGACUCCAUCGGAAGCAGCGAAUGACUCUGAGAAAAUCGCAGGAGACAACGAAAAAACAUUACCAGCCUCAUCCUCUAGUGCUCUCGAUAUUAGCCUGGAUGAUAUCCAACAUCCAUUCGACGAGGCUACACUGAAGGAGCUGCGCAGAUGGCUCAAGAUAGCUUGGUAUAUGUUCGCUGCAAUUGUGCUAGUGACCUUUGUUGCUUGGCCACUUCCACUGUACCGCGACUACAUUUUCACGAAAUCAUUCUUCGGAGGCUGGGUUACCGUUGCAAUCAUCUGGCAGUUUGCUGCAUUUGGUGCCGUCGUCGUCUAUCCGCUUUACGACGGACGGCGGGAUAUUGCGAUAGGUGCGAAGGGUGUAUGGAAGUCAUCGAAGGAGUAUAUCGGAAGUAAAAAGGCAAACUAG